AUGACCACCAAAUACAGCAAUCCAACAGUCGAGUCAAUGCUGGGAGAUUCGGACGACGAGGAAAGAGAGGAAAGGGAGGAAGUAAGGGGUACCGAGGAGGGGUCGAACAACGAGAGUUCACAUCGCCACUCGAAGUCGUCGCAUGAAUCAGUCAUGAUCGUGAAUAGUAGGAAAGAGAGACGAAGGAGGAAACAUCGAAGCAAUGAAGGCAGCAAAUAUUCCAAGACGAAACCAAAGUCCGACAAUAGGAGGAAUGGUGGGACAUCUGCAAGGGAUAAUACCUCAGAAGGUCCUCGUUAUCGACACCGCCGUUCAUUGUCCCAUCGAAGCACAAGCUCAACAUCUUCCUCGGACGACGACGAGCCAAUCCCAGAUCAUAGAGCAGUGCUGGCUGCUGCUAGAGCACGGUUGACCUCGCCGUCCAUGAUGUCAACUUUUACAACACAGACUACAGCUACCAAUACUUCCAGUAGCUCAAGUGGUAGUAAUUCUACCGUCACGCAGAUGUCCGUAUCCAAACGAUCAAGUCUUGGCAAAAGACCGGCUGGAGAAGCACCACUAUCACCUGCAGUACCGGAUCCUCCAGAUGUAUUUACGUUCAUGGGUGAAGGACGAAAUGAGAGUCCCACAGACGAUGAAUCACACCAUGAGCAGGAGAAGGAGGAGGAGCACAAUCAACAAGGGGUGGUGGAAGAGCGUCCCGAUUCUGAUGAGGAUAAAGAAGAGGAAGAGGAGAGUGACGAUGAACCUCACCCAUGGACUCAAAAGCAAAUUGAAGCUCCACCAGCCGAAGAUCUAUCAAACAUGCCAUCUGAACAUCCGGGCAGCGCAUCAUCGUCUGCAUCAAGCAGCUUUCAUGGAGACGACUUUUCCGAUCCACCUGCGGAUAACGAUACUGAUCGUAGUACAAGUCCAGAAAGGAGUGUCAAAGGACACGAUGUCAACGAGCCAAGACCAUUAGAGACGAUACCAGAGAUUCCUGAAGUUCCAGGAGCUCCAGCUUCUCCUCCGCUAACACCAUCCUCAGCGGACCGAGCCUCCGCUAGAAUGGCAUCACAGAUGGCAGCUGCUCAACAACGACAAAGUCAAUAUGGAUCCAUGAAUCAAUUUGGAACACCAAAUAUGCCCCGUGGCAAUGCUCAAUUACCUGUGGUCCCUCCAUCGGCACUGAGUGCUCGCUACCCACAACCAAUGGCCCAGAGACCAUUACCACGAGCAGAAAAACUGCCAGUGACUGGUUACGAACUUCUUGCUUCACAACUGUCGACCAGAGCUGAUAUCGAGGAUGGAACACGUAUCAAGCCUCUGUAUCGAAAGUUCGAAGCGUUGAAUCACAGAUUACUGCUACAUCUCCAGGAUGAGCUUAGCGAGCUUGAAGAACAACUUCAUCGAUUGGAUCAUGCCGACACUCAGUCACGAAGAACUGACCGUCAUAUUGUUCCCGCAUCGAGAAGAGCAGCAGCCAUGGCUGGUGGCGAGCUCCAAUGGCAUAAGACUGAUGUAUUAGGGAGGAUUGGAUUUAAAUUGGCUCAAUACAACCAAGCCCUCACUUCGUUCAACGAAACACAAUCGCUUGCACCUCCUACAAUAGACGAUAUCGACCAGUAUCGGGAAUAUCUCGAGGUGGAACAACCCAUUCAUGAAGCAGAGACGCAUUUCCUCGACCCAGAAGACGAUCUGGUAUCGCUUUCUUCUCAGCCACUGCAUCACAGGUCUCCUUAUCGCCGUCAUCAUUCCGAAUCUCCUUCUUCAGAGGUUUCAUCCUCAGACAUUUCAUCGCGACAUUUAGCUUCUGCUUCUGCCCCAUCCGCUGAGUCCAAACUACCUGAGCUACAGAACCCAACGAAAGAUACCGUCCAAUCUAUCUUCCCAGCGCUCGCAGCAGCGAUCGCAACCUCGAUCUUGCUUCCAGUCCUUACAUUCACUGUCAUUCCUGGCUUUAUUGGAAGAUUGACUGUUACUCUACUCGUAGCUUUGUUUACAGUCGCUGCUUUGAUCCAAGCCCAGAUCUUAAGCAGAAAAGUCCUCCUGGGGCGUGAAUCUGUGAUGUGUUUCGGUAUCUAUGGCGGUGUAAUGACUGUACUUGCUGGAAUCAUGGCUUGA